AUGACCCGCCCACAACUCUCUCGCUGCGCCAGCCGCCUCACACAAUCUUCACACGCCUAUGCCACCACCUCUUCUGAUUCUUCUCGCGACCGUACCCCCCGCUGGGCAGCAACUCCGGCACGCAUGGCCAUGCCCGUCCGCGCACGACCAGGCCCUCGUCAACGCCAAUCUCCUCCAUUUGUCGUGAACGAAGACCCUUCCCUCCUCGACACAGCAUACACCUCUUUCCUCGGCAAAAACGGCGACACCAUCCUGCCCGAAGAGAUCAAAUGGCUAGCCGUAACACACAAGUCCUUCGAUCACGCGAGAAGAGGUUUCAACGACAAACUCGCCUUCCUGGGCAAGACUCUGUGCAACGUGCAGUGUUCGCUUGCGUUGAUUGAGCAGCCCUCUCGUCCUGAAGACCUCUAUCCCAUCGAGCGCAAACGCAACCAGCACCAGCAGUUUGCGCAUCCCGCCAUGAGGGGCGUGCAUAAUGUUUCCGAGUUUUCAAAGAACAAGACGCUGGACAAGGAGAGAUUGGCUUCGUUGGCGCGGAAGUACGGUCUGGAUGCUGUUGUGAGAUGGAAGCCUAGAAACAUUGACAACCUCUCAUCAUCCGGUGUCGAUGUCGUUCUCGCUCACACUCUCUACUCGAUCGUCGGUGCAGUGGCCAUGGAGAAGGGAGGAGAUUUCGCAAACAAGAUUGUGAGGGAGAGGAUACUCAACCCUCUGGGCCUCAAGUGA